AUGGCUGAUGUGGACUUGAGGAUGUCUGGUGCCCCCUUUUCUCUUUCUUUUUCAGGUGGUGGUUUCCUUGCGAUUUAUGAAAUAGGUGUGAUUCAGGGCUUAUUGGAACAAGCCCCUGAAAUCUUGAGAUCUGCACCAAAGGUCUAUGGAGCAUCUUCUGGAUCAGUCAUAGCAGCGGCUGUGGUGUGCGGACUUAGUCUUGAUGACUUAAAAAGAUGUUUAUAUGGGGCUGCAAGAGAUGCCAGGAGAAACUUUCUUGGUCCCCUUGCCCCUGGUUGCAGUGUGCUUCGGAUCCUACAGCAGAGAUUGUACCAAAUUCUGCCAGAGAACUCCCACCGGAUGGCCACAGGAAGACUUUAUGUUUCUCUCACCCGGCUGGUGGAUGGCCAAAAUGUGGUUGUUUCAGAGUACAAUUCCAAGGAGGAGCUAAUUCAGGCACUGAUCUGUAGCUGCUUUGUUCCAAUCUAUACUGGAUUCAUCCCUCCCUCCUUCCGAGGUGUGCGGUACGUUGACGGAGGCUUCACUAACUUGCAGCCCCAUUCGGACAUGGAAACCGCCAUCACAGUGUCUCCUUUCACGGGAGAGAUCGACAUCUGCCCUCGGGACUGCCCAGCCAUCUUUUACAGCUUGCAUAUCGUGCAUGGCAGCAUUCAGAUCUCCAUAGAGAACUUGUGCAGGAUUGGCUAUGCCCUCUUUCCACCCAGCUGCCGGGUUUUGAAUGAGUUUUAUUCACAAGGAUAUCAGGAUGCCAUUCUCUUCUUACACAGAAACAGUAAGUAUUACCUGAUCGGUAAAGCAGGCAAACUUCUCUUCCCAGGAAGGCAGUGCAGCUUCUUGGGUUCUCCAAAUAUGUACCGUGCAUCAAAACCGCGCUGCACCGCCGCCACUCCUGCUGCCGCUGUCGCCACGCCGGACCUGAGGCACGCCGCCAAGCCGGAGGCCAGCUGA